GGUUGCAGCUGAGCCGCCAUGAAGCUCCUUCCUGUGCUUGCACUGUGUGUGACCCUGUUCUGCUCGGGAUACAGCAGUAAUGGAGGUCGUAACGCGAUCACUGAUGCUGAGAUCAAGGCAUUGUCUGAGACUCUUUACAGUCUGGACUCAAACAAGGCUUCAGCCUCACAGCUGAUCCUGGACACUCAGGCUCUGGUGCCCAACUCUGAGACCAGCCUGAAGAAGGACCUGUCCCCCAGGCCCUUGUUCCGCUCCGUGGAUGAGAAAGCUCUGUUCUCCCGGCCCACUUACGCGUCCCUCCUGGCUCUGCUGGACAACUACCACAGGAUGACUGGACAGGGGGAGGACUUUAGCCCCCAGCAGCUGGCUGAGCAGGACACCUUCCUAAGAGAGACCAUGUCCAACACUAAGCUGGGAAGAGAGCUCUUCACCUUCCUUCAGUCCAAGGGUAUCUAUGCGUCCGAGAAGGCAUUUAUUCAGGACCUGAAGAUGAUGUGGUUCGGCCUCUACUCACGCAACAACAAACAGCAGGACUCCAGUGGCUUUGAACAUGUCUUUGCAGGUGAGAUUAAGGGCGGAAAGGUGUCUGGCUUCCACAACUGGGUCCAGUUCUAUCUUCUUGAGAAGAAAGGACAGCUCAACUACUACAGCCACAGCUUCGACGGGCCCUGGACGUCUUACCCCGAUGUGCUGGGGAUGCAGUUCACGUGGGACGGCUACUUCAAGCAGAUCGGCUCCUCGAUGAUCGGCGCCAGUCCCGAAUUCGACUUUGCCGUCUUCAGCCUCUGUUACAUCACUCGCCCCGGAAAACAGUGCCGCGUCAGCGUGGGAGGAAAGAACCUCAGCAUCCAGACGUACACCUGGGACAACUCUUCCUACGGCGAUGGGAAGAAGUUCCUCGCCUCUGCCUAUCCUGUGACCCCCUGAAGCUGCCAUCGAUCUGCAGAGCAUCGAGCAUCUGCGUCCAACUCGCUCACUAAAGGCUUUUAAAAUAUUAAUCUACAUUUUAAAGAUGAGGUCACACCAGCUCAUAGCUCUGCUGCCUUCUUAAUAAAGUAAUUCUAAGUCGUGUGUGGAACAGUUUCA